AUGGCGUGUACAACACCACUCUCCUCCACCCACUACCAUGUCCCAAGCCCAUCAAAAUCCCACAAUUUCAAACCAAAAUUUCACAACCCAAUUCAAUUUCGAACAACCCUAAGCACAAAACCCUCAUCAAAUAUCUCAAACAUUGAAACAAAAUCUUCCAGAAUUCGGGUAUUCGUCAGACGAACAAAAUCGACGGAAACUGAUGACGUUUCUGAGCAAUCAGAGUUUCAGCAGUCCGAAAUUGAAUGUAUAGGAACAGGGACGGAAGUAGAAUGCAUAAUUAACGAGAAUUCAGAGAGAAGUGAAGAGGAAUUAGGGUUUGAUUUAGGGUUAGUGGGGAAUUUGUGGGAAUGGGCAGUGUUGAUUUCGCCCUUUUUCUUCUGGGGAACUGCAAUGGUUGCCAUGAAGGAGGUUUUGCCGAAAGUGGGUCCUUUUUUUAUCGCCUCGUUUCGGCUUAUUCCGGCUGGAUUGUUGCUGAUUGGGUUCGCAGCCUCAAAGGGUAGGCGUUUGCCUUCGGGGUUCAAUGCUUGGUUCUCAAUCUCUCUCUUUGCUCUUGUGGAUGCCACCUGUUUUCAGGGAUUCCUUGCAGAAGGUUUGCUGCGAACAUCUGCAGGUCUGGGCAGUGUUAUAAUUGACUCACAGCCUCUUACAGUGGCUGUACUUGCUGCUCUUUUCUUUGGCGAGUCGAUUGGGUAUGUUGGAGCUGCAGGGCUGGUGCUCGGAGUUGUAGGGCUUUUACUUCUUGAGCUACCUGUAAUUGCAACUGACGGGACUGAUUUUUCAUUAUGGGGGAGCGGCGAGUGGUGGAUGCUUCUGUCAGCACAAAGCAUGGCAAUUGGUACUGUCAUGGUGCGUUGGGUUUCCAAGUUUUCUGACCCUGUUAUGGCAACGGGAUGGCACAUGUUACUUGGUGGCAUUCCGCUAGUAGCUUUAUCGGUACUUAAUAAUGAUCCUGCAUUCAAUGGGGGUCUUAAUGAGCUCUCUGCUACUGACCUUUCAGCACUGUUUUAUACAUCAAUCUUUGGGAGCGCUAUCAGCUACGGUGUAUUCUUCUAUAAUGCAACCAGAGGCAGUCUGACGAAGCUUAGCUCUCUCACUUUUCUGACUCCAAUGUUUGCUUCUAUUUUUGGGUUUCUGUAUUUAGGUGAGAGCUUCUCAAAUGUGCAACUAUUUGGGGCCUUUAUAACCUUACUAGCUAUAUAUCUGGUAAAUUAUAAACAGAGCACUGUGGAAUGAACCAGCGGGUAUUCUGGGUUAAGCGAGAGCCUACUUGUUAAAAGAUAAAAGUGGAAGAACAUUGACCAAACCUACAUUCUCAAACUUUGAUUGGCGGAUUAUGUAGCAUGGACAGGUCUUGGCAUCAAAGUUUAAGCAAUAGAGAUGAUUCUGCCAGGGAUAAUAUGACUAUACGGAGGACAGCUUUGCAAGCUCGAUUAAAAUCUUGGAUUGCAGGGAUAAAAUGCAACUACUUCUGGACUUCAAAUUCUUUUCUGCUGGAUUUGCCGCGAGCUCAAAGUAUGGUCUUCCUUUAAUUCAUCUGUAAAUUGUUCUAUAUUUUUUUCAUGCUAGGUUCUUCUUAGUACAUGUACUUAUCAGUGUAUAAUGGAGUUGGGGUAUGCCUUAGAGGGGGUCAUGUAUAUAAUGGCAUAGUUUUAAAGCUUAAGUAGAUAUUGUCAAAGAACUAGUGACUAUGAGGAGAGGAGAUGAGAUGAGAUGAUGACAAUGUUUUAACACUUGGGCAAUGUACAAGUUGUAUAAGGAAGACUACCUGAUUUAUUGGGCGUGUUUGGAUCAAAGCUAAGGAAACUCGAUGUGGUAAAUAAGAAUAGGAAAGGUAAUAUUCCUGUCAUGGGGUUGAAUGUUUUGUGUUCAUGUUACUUUUAAUGAUAUGUGUUCUAACAUGA